AUGGCACAAGAAAUAAUCCAGAAAAGACUGACUUCAUUAGCCAUUACUAGUAGAAUUCUUGUGUUACUCCUUCAGUUCUCCAGUAAUAUUAUAAUUCCAGAUCACAAUGCUCAAGUGUUUCAAUUCCUAAGAACUGAAAGCAGAGGAAGCUGGGUAUCCACGUUUUUAAACUUUACUCUUGGUGGAUUUAUUAGAUGGGAUGCAGAAUAUUUUAUGCACAUAGCUAAAUAUGGAUAUACUUUUGAAAAUAGUUUAGCAUUUUUUCCUUUGUAUCCGACUUUAGUACGAAUUUUUACAGAAAUUCUUAUUUAUCUCGUUCCUUCACUACAUUUAGAUACAACUUUAUUAUUAAUAUGUAUUUUAUGUAAUAUCGUCUUUUUUAUAUUGACCGUUAAUGUAUUUUAUAGACUUUCUUUAUUAAUUUUUGAUGAAACUAUUGCCUACAGAGCAGCAGUAUUAUUCUGUUUUAACCCAGCAUCGAUAUUUUUUACAGCACCAUACACUGAAUCUUUAUUUUGUUAUUUAACGUUUCAAUCAAUUUACUAUUCUAUGUUAUUACUUCAAAAAUAUUCCAAACCAAAUAAUUCAUUCAGUGUUGCAGAUAUUAGAGUAAUAUUUUUUAUAAGUCUUAGCACUUUAGUUAGAGCGAAUGGUUUACUCAAUAUAGGAUUUUUGAUUUAUACUAUAUUCUGCAUAUUUAUUACAUAUUUUCCUAAAACUAUUUCCAAUAGAGUAAGGUAUAUUUUCAAAUAUGUGUGUAUUAUAUUUAUAUCUUUUAUCAUUUGUUCACUGCCCUUUAUUUUAUAUCAAGUUUACUGUUUUAAAGAGUUCUGCACUACACACAAAGUAGACUUACCAGUUGAAAUAAUACAUUUUGCUUCUGAACAAAAUUUUGUCUUGCCUGGGCAGUUUGCAAAGUUUAACCAAUCUUGGUGUUACCAGAAAAUACCUUUAGCUUACUCAUAUGUUCAAGAUCAUUACUGGAAUGUUGGGUUUUUAAGAUAUUAUGAGUUGAAACAAAUUCCUAAUUUUUUAUUAGCAACACCAUGUUUAUAUAUUGUUAUAAAAAAUUGCUUGGUACAUUUGGAUGUAAAUUUUAACAAACUUAAAUCUAUUUUUGACUUAAAUGAAUUAGUAACUUAUUCACAAAAGAAAGAAAAGUAUUUUAGUAAAGACUUUUUUAAACUAGGCCUAACUGCAUUUGUUGUUCACGCUUUGUUCUUGUCAGUUUUUUCUGCUUUUUGUAUUCAUGUUCAAGUUUCGACUAGAAUGAUAUGUUCAGCUACUCCUCUGUUUUAUUGGUAUUGUACAUAUUACUAUAUGAAUGGUAAAAAUAAUGUUAUUAAAUUAUAUUUUGGAAGUUAUGUAAUAGUAGGUACUGUUAUGUUUUGUAAUUUUCUUCCAUGGACCUAA